GGAAGUGCGCACUUGGAUUAUUCCCGCCGGAAGUAGGUGGUAGUGCGCCGCCAUUUUGUGUCUGACCGGGCUCCGGUCGCGCGGUUGCCGCUUCCGGUCGUUUUAUUUUCCUUUCUUUUGGCGACGGCGCGAGGAGGAGAUGCCCCAGAAUCCGCUGCGAGUGGCGGUGGUGUGUUCGAGUAACCAGAACCGGAGUAUGGAGGCGCACAGUAUCCUCAGCAAAAAAGGCUUCAAUGUCCGAUCGUUUGGCACAGGAACACACGUGAAGCUACCAGGACCGGCCCCGGACAAGCCAAAUAUAUACGAUUUCAAAACUACAUAUGAUCAGAUGUACAGUGAUCUCAUUAGGAAAGACAAAGAACUAUAUACACAGAAUGGAAUUCUUCACAUGUUGGACAGAAACAAGCGGAUAAAAUCUCGACCAGAACGUUUCCAGACCUGCAAAGACCAGUUUGAUCUAAUAGUGACCUGUGAGGAACGGGUAUACGAUCAGGUGCUUGAAGAUCUGAAUUCGAGAGAACAGGAGACAUUCCAGUCAGUGCAUGUCAUAAACGUGGACAUUCAGGAUAAUCAUGAAGAAGCCACAAUCGGAGCUUUCCUCAUUUGUGAACUGUGCCAAUGUAUCCAGCGGACUGAAGACAUGGAGAAUGAGAUCGAUGAGCUUAUCCAGGAGCUGGAGGAGAAGAGCGGCCGGACCUUCCUUCACACUGUCUGCUUCUACUGAGGGCGGGGCGGUGGGCUCUGCGGUGCUGAUCUGUAUAUAAUUUAUAGUUUAAGUUUGAACCGCUGCUCGGUGCUGGUCCUGUAACGUGUCCGAAUGAAUCUCUCUUGUAGAACAGAGUCUCCAUCUAACGAUGGCGCAAAGUGUUCCAACGUGAAGCUUCAUUAAAACAAAAUCCUUGGUCAGA